UAAAGGGUUUAAGAGAAAGUUCCGACUUAGAAUUUCCGAUUUCCUAUCUCUAAUGGUUUCCGUCGAUAGUGUUUCUAAUGGCAGCGAUUUGCUUAUGUAUCGAUAAAGUUACAAGCUGGGAGUUAUGCUUGUAAACUUUGUAAAUAUUUUAAUAAGUUUAAAGAACUCAUCAGUUAUUUUUUGGAAUUUCACAGGUUUAUAGCUGGGAUUUAAAUAUUUAAAAUAUGGAAACAGUUCCAGAAGAACCAGAGGAAAUCCCAUCAGCAAACGUCAAGAAGGACCAUUUAUUGCAAGAGGAGGAAGGUCCCACUGAAGUUCAGGCUGGGACUGACCCCCCAGAGCAAGAGGACGAGGGUCCAGCAAAAGUUAACACUGGGACUGACCCCCCAGAGCAAGAAUACGAGGGUCCAGCAAAAGUUGACACUGGGACUGACCCUCCAGAGCAAGAAGAGGAAGGUUCUUACCAAGGGAACCAGACAGAUAUGGAGGAACCUGCUAGCAGACCGACUGACCUCAGUAAAAGAGGCUCCAGAAACCUGGCUCAGAUGGACGGAGAGGAGGUGGACACCAGCAAAAUGAAAUAUGUCGAGGGAGUUCAAUGUGCCAUAGUGGAUGUGAUGGAUACAGGGUUCACGAUGCCAGAGGUCAUCGUCAUGGAAGGUCAAGGUGUUUUAUUUGAGAAGGGAGGCAGGAAGACUCUAGAGAUUGUUCAGGUGAUCCAUGAUGGUGAUAGCUUGAGGCCUGUGAUUGGUGGAUUCAGUUCAAAAGAGUCAAAGGUCAAGGACAAAGAAGAUAAUUAUAUUCAACAGUUCAACUUAGAGGGAGAAUACAAAUUUGCCGUUUCCAAAAUACGAUGUACCCCAUUAACUGUGAUUGUUAGACGACGGCUGCCACUGAGGGCAGAGGUCACGGAUGAAGGGUUCAACCCCAAAAUCAUUGCCAUUGAGCAGGGAGACACGGUUGAAUGGUCUUGGAAGGAUUGUUCAGUUCCUCACAGCGUACAGGAAGUGAAUUAUCUGUUUGACAAAGGAGUGUUUGUUAAAGGCCAGUGGUCAGAUGGAGCGAGUAAUGUUGUUAGAACAAUUACAGGAGACUUUUCCAAGAAAUUUCCGCGUCCAGGAGUGUACUAUUUCCAGACGGAGAGUGCGGAGCUUCACAAGCAGCAUUUCUGUGUUGUUAGGGUCAGACAAAGUAUCAGGGAGUAUAAGGUGGAGAUAUCGGACAGGGCAUUCCAUCCCCCAGUGUUACUGAUAGAGACUGGGGACAGGGUGUGGUGGUACUGGGACAAAUAUAAGUGCAAAAAGCACCAUUGUGUGUACCAGAUUGAGGCUCCAACAUUGGACCAAGAUGAUGAGGAGCCGUAUCAACCAGUUCAGAAUGGUUUCCGGUGGAGUCAACCGAGUAAGCAAGGGCUGCUCUCCCAUGUAUUCAUGGAGCCAGGUGUUUUUUAUUACUCGGACCAGAACUUCCAGGAGGCAGCUGAAUACAUCGGUACCGUGAUUGUCAAACCCAAACCAAAGGAGCAUCGGGUCAUGAUCCAGGAGAAGGGCUUUGACCCAGAGGUAAUAAGGAUCAGGACAGGGGAGAGAAUCUGGUUUUGGUGGAACCCCAUUCUGUUUUCCAAAAAGAAUAUCCAGGUGUUAUUGAAAGAGGUGGAAAAAUGUCUGAAUCCAGCUACAAAACGACCUUCAACCCCUGAGGAUGAAUCUAAAUACCAGCACCCAGACGAGGAGACGGUGAAGUUGAUGACAGAUGUAGGGUUCUCAUCAGUGUUUUACUCCACAACUGGCGUUUACCAAUACAGAGUGCGCAACUCCACGGUGUGUUCUGUGAUCGUCAGCCCUGGGGAGAAGAAUCACACCAUACACUUGACCGACAGUGGUCCAGAGCAGAAGGUCAUCAUGUCUGUCCGACCCAAUGACAGGGUCUGGUGGGUGUGGCAGAGCACCAAAAAACAGCACAAUGUCAUGCAGGUCUCCCAUCAGGGCGACCCCUUUCCGGGAGGAUUCUGCAGCGGAAUGGCUCGAGACUCUCCUUCUGCUUUUGUACACACAUUCAAAUUCCCAGGAGUGUUUUAUUACAAAAGUCAAAGUUUGCCAAAGAUAUUUGGAGCAGUUGUUGUGACCACCCAGCCAGUGGUUCAUGAGGUGGAAGUUGGUCCAAUCAUACGACCUGACCCCAUCUCGGUCAAAGUUCAUGAUAUUGUGUGCUGGAUCUUCAACACUUCACAAAAGGAGAAUGUGAUGGAGAUCGACCACCCAGACCAAGUGGUGGAAAACCUGCAGUGUGAAGAAGUCAGUCCUAGGUGUUGUUUGAGCAAAGCCAUCGACAGGACAGGUGUCAUUCAUUUCUACAGUAAAUCCUUCAACAAACAGAAGAAAAAUAUUGAAAAUUACCUGGGUGAUGUGAGAUUUAGCAGUGUUAUUAGUGAUGAACGUUAUGACAACACCGUCAUCAAGUUAGAUAAACAUGGAUUCCACCCACAUUUUGUAUACGUACAGAAGGGAGAGAGUGUUCGAUGGACCUGGAUCAGCACGGACGAAGAGCACAACAUAAUUCAUGUUACCUCUCCAGACAGCAAGGUUCCGAUCAAGGACAAAAUUGUGUCUGGAAUUCGUGGAUUUCGAAGUGGCAUUAUGGAGAAAAAUCGGGAGUUUUUGCACACGUUUGAUAGGAUUGGACAGUACUUUGUAAUGUCUGAAGGGGCGCAAGAUGAAAUCUGUACUGUUUUUGUGGUAGAUGCUGAACAUGUAAAGGAGCCUGCCAUAGCUGCGAAUUUCUUAAAUGGAGGAACCAUUGACCAGUUCAGCAAAAUAGAACUGACCUGUGAGACAUUAGGAUCCAAAAUCUUCUACACCACUGAUGGAUCCCCUCCUGAGCUUCAUAUGGAAUCAGCCAAGCUGUACAGUCCAGAAAAAGGAGUCAUUCUGAAGAAACAUGGACUGUGUUUUGUAAGAGCUAUGGCAGUCAAAGAGGGACUUCUCAACAGCUCCAUAUUUACAUCCAAUCGAUAUUGGGUGUUAGCCAAAGAUGGCACCGUGGAUGAAAGUUCAUCAGAAACUGAAUCCUCAGAACAGAAAAGAGAGACAAGUCAAACACCCCAGAAGAAUGAUAACUGGGACUGGUGGAGCUGUGCGCCGACCAUCAAGGCAUGCUUCACUGACCCUGGGGUCAUGGAGGUCUUCUGGGAGGAGCCUAAUGCUGUCCAGAAAAAACUCAUCAGAGGUUACCAGAUUUUCCUGAAUGGUGUGGCUUACUGCGACAUGUUCCCGGCCAACAACAACAGCCUGAAUCUCACAGGACUGGCAGGAAACCGGAUGUACGAAGUCUAUGUGGAGGUCUACUCACUGGACAGAAAACUCAACCCCCAGUCAUCAAACAAACUGACAUUGAAGGUGCCAUUGAUGACGAAGGAAGGUGGACCAGUGAUCUCCCUUGAGCGGACCAACAAGCAGGACGCUCUGGUAGUGGUGUGGAUGUCUAUAGAUACCACGGAGUACCCUAUUAAGGGCUACCUAGUGUUCCUCAACGAUCAGCAAUGUGGAGCCAUGCUUGUGCCUGAUCCAGAUAAGAACCGAUGUAAGGUUUUCAUUGGUGGAUGUGAACUGAAUAAGGAGCAUAGGAUUUAUGUUGUGGCUCUUCCUAAAGAUAAUGUGGAAGAUGGCCGCAUGUCAAAUGUGAUUGAGGUAGUGCUUCCACUGGACACCUCACAGAUUGUGUUACCGGAUGACGACGAGCGGCUGGACCAGGAAGAGCUGUACCACGAGUAUAUUUCUAUACAGGAAGGAAGUGGAUAUCUGACAGCCAUGGAUGUGAAGCGCCGUCACAUUGAAAUUAACAACAUCCCCCCUCUCACCACCACCUACCAGUACUCAAGUAAACAAACUGACAAUGACAAAAGAUCUGGUGUACCCCCUGUGGUUGAAGUAGAAGAUCCUAGACAUAGAGAUCAGAGUGUCAUGACAGAUGACAAUUAUGAGAAAGGAACCCAGACUCCAAGAGGAAAAUCUCGAGUGAAGACUCUCGGAGACAGUUAUGGCUCAGGGGAUUUCUCCGUGAAUCGAGCACAGUCUCGCAGAGCACACAGAUCAGACUCGGAGAGUGACACUGAGUCUGAAACAGGCUCAUCAGAAACCGGUAGUGAAACUGAGAGCGAAACGGACUCCGAAGGGACCAGGUUAUCAAAUGAUGGAAGCGUCAUGGUGGUAAGCAUGAAGGAUGCUAAAUAUGCCCCUAAAGUCACCAGAGAAGAAAUUCAGCAGAGCAGGCCCAGAAGCAGUUACAUGACCAGAGGUGAAAAGUCCGACAGUGCGACACAGUCAGAUAUUGCCCCAAGACCUCCAUCUGCUAGGCGAUAUCGUGAUAUCAAUAGUCCUCGCUCAGACUUCAGUCCAAGAUCGGUGAGGCGUGCAAUUAUUGAAGUGGAAGAGACAGCCUCUGUGGAUUUGAAUGAAGACAAGAUGAUGAAGAGUGUGGUUGUAUCUCAGGACAAAGGACACCGACGCCGCCGAGUGGAGGAAGGGGAACCUGUAUAUAACCCUGCCAAUGAUGCACAAGUGGGUGUGCCAGCCCCAACUAUCAAAGUGUCCAGCAUGGGCAAGUCAGGACUUAUCGUGGAGUGGUACAUCGACAAUCAUGUUGAGUCGGAUUAUGAAGUGCAGCAGUACAUUGUAAAUAUUGUGGGACGAGACUUCAGUGCCAGGGAUAUCAACAGUCACAUCAGUUUUGAAUGUAACCUUGUGGAUAUCAAAGGUCAUGGGGUCAGAGGUACUCAGCAUUGCUGGACAAUGGAUGGAAACAAACGUAAAAUCAAUAUACGGGGUCUGUACCCAGACAACACAUACAGAGUGUUUGUAGUAGCAAACUAUGGUUUUCGUGAUGAUGAAGAUGAACAGAAACCAAUAGAAGUCCAGGCUACAUCCCCUGUCAUUUACUACACAACGAUCGGACCCCCACUCCCUCCAUUUGUCAGGGUGCUCAGUGUCGGCUUGUACCAGGCUACUGUCCAGUGGGACCCUCCCAGACUUCAGAGUGGACUGGAAUUACUGGGAUUUAAAAUAUAUGUGGACAACAAGGUCCUGCGUGGCCUUCAGAGGAAGGACACCAGGCAGAUGGUCAUCAAUGACCUAGUGCCAGGAAAGACAAUCGGUGUGGCUGUGGUAGCGGUCCUGAAACAGAGCGGUAUAGAAAGCGAACCCUCCAGACAGGUACACAUCACCUGCCCCAAGAAACCCCCUCCCCCACAUGUCAGUCAGCAGCCCCUCCACAAACACGGCAGUGUGCUGGUGGCCUGGGACAAGCCGGCGGGUGUCAGGCGAGCAGUGGCUCAAGAGGGAAUUACUAGCUACAGAAUCUAUGUGAAUGAUAAAUACUUCGGAAAGAUUGAUGCAUCACCAAAAAUGGAUCGUCAAGGAUAUCAGUAUGUGAUUACUGGCCUCAACCCUGAGGAAAGCUACGAUGUCAAGGUCAAGAGUAUGUCAGGCCAGAAACAGGUAGAUCCGGACCAGAACCACAUUUUCUGUCUCAGCGAGAGCUCAUUCUCCAACAUCAUUCCUGUUCAGGCUCCGGCCGCCCCCAAAUCACCAGAGCUCAGGCUAGAGAGCAUGACUCCGCAGGGAAUCAGGGUCACAUGGUUGGCUCCACAACAGUAUGGGGAGGCGGAGAUUUCUGGUUAUCGUCUGCUGAAAAAUGGCAAACUGUAUGGACACAUCAUGGGACCAGAUGUAAAUGCUGUCGACAUCACCGGAAUCUCCCUGGGUGACAGAGUAGUCCUGCAGCUCGUUGCCUUGACAAAUCAUCCAGUGGGAAAAUUAGAGCGAGCUCUUCUGGAACUAGAGAGAGAUGAGUCAUCACCACGGCAACAAGCACAACUCACUGGUAGUGAUCAAAAGGUGUUCACUCUGACAGAGGGAGUUAAAACCAAAGGCUGGACAAAAACUGAGUCUACUAACAAACUGGAGGAUUUGUUACUUGGGGAGAAAUAUGCUGGUUGUCGUCCAGGACCCAAACUGACUGUCCACUACACCGGACUGGUGAAGGCUCCUGAUGAGGUGUGGUUAGAACAGGUCACUGGACACUCUGCAUUAGUGGUGUGGAAAAAAGAUGAUUUUAUCGUCCUUAACCAGUAUCUUCAUGAGCAAGAUAAGCUGAAAUUCCCUAUCCCAGAGGACAAUGUACACGGUCACUUUGUACGACCUGACCAUUAUGUGGUGACCUGGUGGUGUGGUGAUAAAAGUGAUGUCCAGAGUGAGGAAUCCAGAGAGGAUCACAUUCUGAUCACUGGUCUUCACCCGGCUACAACAUACACCAUUGUCGUUGAAGCACGACGUAUGGAGAACUACAGGGUUGAAGGAGAGGAAAAUGACACUACCAACAAGUUUAUCCUGACUGCCCAAUCAGAAACCCUGACUCUGAGAACUGCCCGCCCACCUAACCCGCCCAGUAAUCUGUCCAUUGCUGCUUCCACCUGUAACUCCCUCCGACUGGUGUGGGAUCCACCCGUAGAGCAUGGAGUGGAAAUCAUAGCCAUUCGUAUUGAUGCUCAGUCCAUAAACACCAGCGACCCUCAUCAUGUGGCUGUUGAAGUGCGACCAGAUGAAUGCAAAGCCGAUAUCGAAAAUCUACGAGAGAAAACGGAUUAUGUCCUACGUGUCACAGCAGUUACUGAUGAAUAUUUCGACAGGCUUCCAGAAAAGCACAAGCUCAAGAAGGUCCGUGCCAUUCCCAGAGACAGAAUGGUCGCUGCUGAUGAUUCUAUAUGGCUGCCAAACACUUACACCAUGGCUAAAACUGCUGGCACCGAGCCCCCUGCUAAUCUGAAGAUCAUUCAGUCAUCUACUUCAGGACUGUCCGUCAGCUGGGUGCUACCCAUUGUCUAUGGAUCUAAUAAGUUGGUCGGACAAGUUUUGAGGUGGUCUGAUGUGAAAAAUUCCAAGAAAGGAGACAGCGAGUGGUAUGUGGCCAGUCACAUUAACCUUGACCCUGGUGACAAUAAUGUGACCAUUGAAGACUUAACCCCAGGAGCGCAGUACAAAAUUGUGGUAGAGGCUGUUGUAAGCAUCAAGACCUCCUUAGAAUCUGCUGAAAAUGACAAAAACAUUCAGAGGUACCGAAGAACUGCCAAUGUCAUGUCAAAGCCCUUGUUCACCAGAACCAGGGCACCGACAGAGCCCCCCAGGGUAUACAUUACAGGAUACAGCCAGACCACAGCCCAGCUGUACUGGGAAAAGCCACCCCUUGUGUCAGUUAUUGGCAAGGAGAAUGAUGGACGACCUAAAUACCUCAGGAGGUACUUGGAAGGGUACAAACUAGAAAUUAAUGACAGACUCCAUUCCUGUCUCGGCCCUAAUGCCCAGAGCUGUCAGCUGACCAAGUGUAAACCGGGCAAAAAAUACCAAGUGGUGCUGGUGGCCCUGACCUGCACUGACCAAGGAAAGAAAGAUCGCAAGAAAAAGUACAAAGGGGUGUACAGAAAUGUAAGUCUUCAGACAGUGGACUACUCAGCUCUACUACAAGAUGAGGACAAUUUAGACCCCUCCCCUUCAGAACCCCUGGAGAUUGUCCUUCCCAAAGACCAAGAUGGAUACAUCAAGGGUAUAGAGUGCACAUUCAAGCAUGACGAAGAUAGAGACAACAGCACAUUUGGUGACGUUGAACUUCGCUGGGAAACACAAGGGGAGAGGAGUGAUGUGAUCUCUCACAUCAAGCAGUUUAAUGUUAUCUGGUCUAACAAUGAAGAGAGGCAAGUCCAGACAAAAGUUAUCACCCCUGAUGCCAGGAAAACUCUUAUACCAGUGACUAGAUUGAAGGCAUCCUAUGAUAUCCAAGUGGAACCCGAUUACUUUACGGAUGCCCUGCACCAGGUGAACCAGAGAAUUCAGCUGGUUAUUCCAGGUCCUCCGGAUCCCCCGGAAAUCUUCCUUAAAUCUGUUAGUCCAGAGGAGUUUGUCAUAGAGUGGGGAGAACCAAGGCUGUUUGGAGGGGUCAAAGUUCGGGGUUACCAAGUGUAUCUGAAUGACAAGAAAGUGGGAAAUGAACUUAGCAAUUCUCACCGUAAGGCUGUGAUACCAUGCCGUCCCAACAAGAACUACAAAGUGCAGCUUGUAGCACUGAGUGACAACUCCUUCUACAGUGACUCCUCCUUCUCAAACUCAUUACUGGUCAGCACCUCCCCCCACUCCCCCCGCCUGCUGUCCGGGGAGGAUAUGGUCAGGGAGGAUCAGGACAUGAUACCAGUCAAGGUCAUUGCUGUCACAGAAACCUCAAUACAACUGGACUGGACCAACUUCCUGGAGACAGAGGGGGUAGCAGGAUAUAAAAUCCAGUGGAGCAGCGUGGCUCAGCCAGCACAAAGGGAAGUUAAACUAUCGGAGAAAGACAGCAGCUGUGUCAUUAACAACUGUCUACCAGGGACUACUCACUUCGUCCGACUGACCGCCAUCGACAACGACGGACAGAUUCUGGAGAAGUCCAAACAGCUGACCGUUCAAACUUCAGCUCCUCCAGAUGCCCCCAAUCUCUCAGUUAGAGCCUGCAAUUUCCGCUACAUAGCUGUACAGUGGGAGAAACCCAACACGUACGGGGAUGCCCUAGUAACAGGCUACAAAGUCUACGUAAAUGGCAUUGUGGAGGCCAUUUUGAAUGCAGAGCAGAUGAGUUUUACUUUCACCCAUGGGAAGUGGUGCCAGGAAUAUGCUUUCCAAGUGCAAGCCCUGACAUCUUUCGACAAACUACACAGCAAAGUUUCCGAACCUCUGGUGGUGGUAUGGCCUGGAUGUAAGGCUCCUGCACUGAAGAGACUACCCACCCACAGCAGUUCAUGCAUCAGAAUUGCUUGGGAGGAUCCUUACCUCACAGAAGGGGUCAAGGUCAAACACUUCAGGGCUGUUUGUGUGGAACGUGACACAGAGAAGGAAGUAACACCCUCCAUAGGACCAAUUCAUCCCAACACGAGAGAGGGAGAGUUCAAAAACCUUAAACGAGGAUCUUACAGUAUCUUCUUGGAAGUACAUUUAUACAACACCGGUGAUGUGGUAUGCUCCGAGCCCUUACACGUGGCCCCCGCUCCUGCCCCGGAUCCACCCCUGGUAACUGUAACAGUCGUUGGUCUGGAUGAACGCAGAGCUCUGGAGAGGCUGACAUGUGAUCUAGUCAAUAAGAGGGAUAGACUGAUACGAAAAGUUGGUCAUAAACUGAAGGAAAUUGGUGCUUUAUCCAAUCCUCUGAGAGCAGAAAAGAACAGAGGAGUGAUUGAGGGAGCCCAUACAUUAUCUAGGAUAGAGGAAAUUCUGGAGCACUGCUUCAGUGCCUUAGAACAUUACACUGGUCAGCUGAUAGCUCACGUCAGCUGGUCUUGUCCACAGAGACGGAGCGAGACACAGGUAUCAGGAUUCAAAGUCCUAAUAGAUGGAAAACAAUAUGGAAAUACCAUGCAUGAAGGAGUAAAACAAGUCCGCAUCAAGCUUGGAACAGAGGAGCCAAUCUACAAGCUGACUAUGGUUUCUGUGUCCAAUAAACCACAGGCCUCCAGUGAGGAAUCUAAUGCUGUGGACCUGCUGUCUGAAACCUUCCGACCUUUCUCCUUCUACUGCUAUCACAGCAUUCACAACCAAAAUGCCAGAUGGCCAAAUCAGGGAUGCUGCAAGUAUCAGGAUUCUGUGAUGUAUGAGCGUCAGUUAGCUAAGAAAUUAGCCAAUCAGGGACUUCUAAAACGUAAAGUUCCACCCCCAGCCUGCAGUCUGUUGGACAUCUUCCAGGGAGAGUACAAGCCUUUCCUGGAGACUCACAACAAACAGUUCCCCACUGCCAUUCUGUUUUGGACACCAUGGUGUCAAGGAUCCCAGAAAGUCAUGUCACAUUUUGCACGUUUUGCCCGAGAAACAUCUUCGGAGUAUAACUUUAUCGCUGUUUCCUGCGGAGUGACUGCAAACCAUGCCUCGGACAGGAAGUCCCUGAUCCACUCAAUCACGUCCAAUGGCUGGAGAGAACAGGGCACCAUCUGGCAUUGUACCAGUCAGUGUGCCUCCGCCAUUGAUGAAGCCAGCAGUGUGUGGAAAAACAGCACCGCUGGAUCAUCCUCCAGGAAUGAGAUGGAAAAUGGCAAAAAACAUGUAGAUCUGACGGAAAUUCUAGGAAUAGCUGGUGUACCAACUUUCCUCUUCAUUCAUGCAGAGGGCUACAUCGCUUGGCAUGGCCGAUACAGCGCUUAUGAUUACGCAUCGUAUGCUGCAUUUAUGCGCCACACUUUUAGUGAAGUUCAGGGGGUCGGCUGCCCAGCGUUCCAGUGCGACUCCUGUAGAAAUGACAUGACCAUUGACGAUGAGGCUCUAGAGCCUGUGUUACAGCUGGUGAGAGAGAGUUCGACGUCUGCCUUAUCGGCUCUGAAAUAUCCAGAGGAACGUCGACCCAGCUCUCCAAAACGGGCAGAAUCCCCAACAAACACUGACCCUCCCAUCGACAGAAUCUUCAUGAAGAAGCGUCCCCGCAGCCCCAAAAGGCACAAGAAGAUUUCUGUCAACCAGCGUCCAUUCUCUGCAUCCAAUGUUAACCAGUCACCUUCUCACUAUGUCCAGUUGUUGAAGAGUCCGUACAUGCAGAAAACUGUGCCAUCUCCUAAGGUUCUGAACAAGCUUCUUCGUCCUCAGAGUGGAGGAGCAAGGCUAGGCUGAUGGUGUGGUCCUCGAAGUUGAGAAGCAUUAUCCUCAAGUUCAAGGAAAUGAAAAAUUUGGUGCCAAGAUAUUUUUUGUCAAAUUUUACUGAUGAGCUGUGAUGGGAGUUUACACUACACAAUGAAAUGCAUUUACCAAAACUUCAGUGUUGUUCAGAGUAGAUAUUCAUUUAUUUUUAGGUGAAGUAGGUUAGAAUAUAAUUUAUUGUUUACAUUUUUAAACUACCACAUGUAAUUGGGUGUGCAAGAGGGAUUUUUAAAACAGCUUUUUUGCAUUUUUAGAAAUAUUUUAUCAAGAAACCAUAUCACUUCAUGUAGAAAACAUCAGUGUAUAACCAAUGGUCUCCGUUUUUAUAAUUGUUGUUUACAUUUAUCAUUUUUACAUUGUAUAAUUUUUUAAAUAAAAAUAUCUGUGAUAAUUUCAUGAAUGAAUUAAGAGCUAGUACAUAUUUUGAUAGUUAAUUAAUGUGUGGAAAUCAAAAUUGUUUAUACAAUAGCAUAUACUACAUUUUUAGGUCGUUUGAUAUUUUUUUUUCUAGUGGAGUUUUGAAAGCAUAUUUGCUUAAAUUAAUUAACCAAGAUAUUUUGAUGACAGAAAAGAGCUUCUUGAAAAGAUUUUUAUGGUGUUUUGUGCUGAAAGUAGAAUUUUUUCUUGAUAGCAUUUCUAUUUUUUCUGAAGAGAGGUUAUAGCAAAAAGAUUUACACCUAUCCGUCCUUGCAUGUGUUAACAUGAAAACAUUUCUUGCCUGUGAUAAUAAGAGUAUUAUUUUUGCUGUACAUCUUGAGUAAUUGUAACAGCUGACAUUAAUUGAUAGAACACUUCAACAAAUGGGAUUUGUCACAAUAUUGGAAACAGAAAUGUGAUAUUAACUUUUGUUACAGUGGAUAAAAAAUCUCCACAGGUGGUAAAGUGCUUACCUGUAGUAAUAUUGUAUACAGACACGUGUGAAACCUGUAUACACGUAUUCUACCUGUUGUUUGAUACUUACAAAUUUAUUACUAGUUAAUAAAUCUAAAUGAUUAUU